AGCAAUCCGGAAAUCAAUUUUUGAAUUUUGAAUUUUGAAUUUAAACAGAAGCUUUGGGAGAGGAGAAGAAUCGAGAAAAAUGGCAACAACAUCGAAGAACAUGAAUGUUUUCUACAGGCAGAAGAAGAAAAGCACUACCUCUACCGAAAAAAAAUCAACUAAAAGCCCAUCUCCCAAACACGCCGCUACUUUCGGUUCCGAUAUCACCCAACCCCCUGCUCUUGUUUCUCAUGGCGGUUCACUCGAUCUCAAAGAUGAUUUUGAUGAACAAGAGCAAGUGUUAAGGCAAUUUGAUAUGAACAUGGCAUACGGGCCGUGUGUGGGGAUAACGCGGGUGGAUCGGUGGGAAAGAGCUCAAGGAAUGGGGCUAAACCCUCCUAAAGAGAUUGAAAGCCUUUUGAAAGGUGGGAAAGUGAAGUUAGAAAGUUUAUUUGAUGGUCGUGUUUAGUUAAUUAGCAGGUAGCAUAAUAGUAGUAUUAUGUAUGUUUAGCUGAAAUCAGACAGCUUCUGGCUGUGCUUCUGGUUGGGUGUUUUUAAAUGUUGUGAUGAACCUGGAAAGUUGUUUUGGUCUUAAUCCAUGUGGGAUUUUAUGAAAUUUGCACUAGCAAAUUGCUUGUUGUAGUAUGAGUGAGUUAUUUGGCUGUUCCAAGCUCGGAUUCUAAAUCCCCUUUGCUAACAACUCCUUGUUGAAUGAAAAUUGAUCUUAGUUGCUUAGCUUUUGAAA